UCUCAAUCUUCUUCAGCCAACACCACAAAGUCUCACACUUUCUGGUCACCAACUUUGCGUCACUGUCGGAAUCUUCAGACGGCUGUUUCUCCAAUCGUCAGUUCAAGCUACUUGCCCACUUCCUACAUCACUCAGAAGCAGAUUGAAAUCCCUACCUCCCCUGAAAAACAAUCGCCACCAGUGCAGGAAGGUUUGGGUGCUUUUCAAAAACUGCCCAUGGUGAUGCCAUCUAUUGAUUUAUAUUGCUCUGCUCUCAGGAAGUCCAAAAGAGUCCAACCAACUAAAGGCAUUGCUAAUAUUGCAAAGCGAGAAAGAAAUAGAGGUGCUAAACAGCUUGAUGCAUUCAUGAAAGAACUGGCUCUUCCUUUAAAAGGAUACAUGGAAAGUUUUCCGAGGAAGAGACUCUUGCAUCCAUAUGAAAGGUCUCUUAUUGACUUGACACUUGGUGAUGGAAAGUAUGAAGAGGUGUUAGGAAAAGUUGAUGUUCUGAGGAAAAAGGUGCUAUCUGUUGGAAAGGAACAUGCUUCUCUCUGCGCUAAGGCUUUGUCAAAGAAAGAAGCAGAGGAACGCUUGAACGAAGGGGUGGAGAAGCUUGAACUGGUUUUCCAACAACAAGGGAGAGCUGUUGAUGAUUUGCUAAGUAUAGCGAAGGUUUUGAGAGCUAUGCCAGUUGUUGACUUGGAAAUGCCGACUCUUUGCCUUGUCGGAGCACCAAACGUUGGCAAAUCAUCGUUGGUCCGCAUUCUUUCAACAGGGAAGCCUGAGAUUUGCAAUUAUCCUUUCACAACCAGAGGAAUUCUGAUGGGUCACAUCGUUUUAAACUACCAACGAUUUCAGGUUACAGACACCCCUGGCCUUCUUAGGAGAUGUGAUGAGGAUAGGAACAAUCUAGAGAAGUUAACUCUUGCUGUACUCACUCAUCUUCCAACUGCGGUUCUAUAUGUUCAUGAUCUAACUGGAGAAUGUGGGACUUCUCCUUCUGAUCAGUUUCGAAUUUAUAAGGAGAUGAAAGAGAGGUUUAAGGAUUACCUGUGGAUUGAUGCUGUGUCCAAAUGUGAUCUGCUGGGAGGCUCACCGGUGAUGUAUGCGAAAGAAGAUAGAAGCAGUGAUGAUGCGGAAAUCAUUAAGUACAGAGAAACAGGACCUGAUGAAUCAAUUCAUGUCUCGGUGAAAACAGAACAAGGUCUCAAUGAGCUAAAGAGCAAAGUAAAGGAAGUACUGAGUAAUGAGAUGGAGAAGAUCAAAAGUGGAGAAAAAAUUGAUCAAAGUGUUGGUACUUGUUAGAUAGAGAUUUUACCCAUUUUUAGCAUGUUCUUAUUGAUGUCUCUUUUGAUAUUAUAAUUCUUAAAAAUAGGAUUAAAUCGUUAAUGCA